GUAAUAAGUGUGAAUAGGAUCAAAAAUGCCGACCUGGGACUGCGCUGUAACGUUACGGAGCGCCCAAGCCCAAGGUCAAGGAUCGAGCAAGGAUCGAGCAAGGAUCGCGAUGCUCAGAUGAACGGUUCGGCAGAUAUGGAUCGCGCACGGCUCCAGACGUCAACGCGACGCCCCCUUUUUAGAGGUCACCCCCAUGAAUACCCCAUGAACACCCCGUCGGAGAUCCUAGUGCCUGUGCCGGAUGUUCCGCAGCGUGCCUGGAUUUUAAUCUCUAUUCUCUUGGGUAACGGGUAACGUCACCAGUCACAGCGCACGCCCGACAUUUGAAGUUGGUCAUCGACACUAGGAUCACUGCAAGGCCCUAAUCCUACACCAGGCACACCUUCUUCACAUGGUCAUUGAAUCGAUGCUAAUUGCUUGAGAGACAAUUUAUCGUAACGUUGCUAAUCUCCGACGCGGUCUUUCUUUCUCAUGGGAAGGUAGGUAGAAGGUCGAGCUACCUUCCAAGGAGCUACGGUCUUAUCAUUAUGAAUGCCAUGCUUCAUUCUGAAAGGUGGGGGUUGAGAAAGAGAUAUAUAUACUGCGAUGAAGACGAGGAGUUGAAGACAGUAUCGCCGGCCGACUUCAGCAUCGACAACCUAGCUCUUUCACUCUCCUUUUGAGACUUGUAUAUAUUUGGAAAUCUACUUGCACAUAUUUAUUCCGUUAUCAGUUAACCAUGUUAUCCUGGACGAAGAAGCAUCUUGCUUUACUGUUGGCCAUCCCAGCAGUAUUCGCGGCUCCUACCCAUCCCACCUCCCACACGAAUCUUACCUCGGCCCUCCUCCAGCCUAUCGCUGGACGAGAUGUCUCGGGUUUUAGAAAUGCAGCUUAUUUCGUGAAUUGGGCAAUCUAUGGACGUGGCUACUUGCCACAGGAGCUCCCGGCAUCGGAGCUGACUCACGUCCUAUACUCGUUUGCCAACAUACGCCCAAGUGGCACCGUCUACCUCUCUGAUGAGUGGGCAGACCUGCAAAUCCACUGGGCCGGAGACAGCUGGAGCGACACCGGAAACAAUGUCUACGGUUGCAUUAAGCAAUUGUAUCUCCAUAAGAAGAAGAACCGUGCCAUGAAGACCCUUCUCAGCAUUGGCGGGUGGACCUACUCCAUCAACUUCCCCGUCCCCGCCAGCACUGACGCCGGACGAAAGGAGUUUGCGUCGUCAGCAGUCAAGUUGGUUGCAGAUCUUGGCUUUGAUGGAAUCGAUAUUGAUUGGGAGUACCCCGCCAACGACGUAGAGGCCACCAACAUGGUCCUCCUCCUCAAAGCCUGCCGCGAGGCUCUCGAUGCAUAUGCCGCCCAAUACGCCCCAGGUUACCACUUCUUGAUCACCAUCGCCAGCCCCGCCGGACCAGACAACUACAACAAGAUGCACAUGAGGGAAAUGGACGCCUACCUUGAUGCCUGGCACUUGAUGGCCUACGACUACGCCGGAUCAUGGGACAGCGUUGCAGGCCACCAAGCCAAUCUCUACCCCAGCACCAACAACCCCGCUUCCACCCCAUACUCCACCGACCGUGCCGUUACCGAUUACAUCUCCGCUGGUGUCACCGCCAAGAAGAUCGUCAUGGGUAUGCCCAUCUACGGCCGCUCGUUCGAGGCUACCGAGGGUGCCGGCAAGCCAUUCACCGGCGUCGGUUCUGGCACCUGGGAGAAUGGCGUCUGGGACUUCAGCGGACUCCCCAGAUCCGGUGCGACCGAGUUCCACGAUUCCCAAGCUGUCGCGGCGUACAGCUACGAUGCUGCUACCAAGGAGUUCAUCAGCUACGAUACCCCAGUGGAGAUUAACACCAAGUCUGAGUACGUCAAGUCGAAGGGUCUUGGUGGUGCUAUGUUCUGGGAGACUUCUUCGGAUAAGACGGGUGGCAACAGCUUGAUCACCACGGCGGCAAACAAGUUGGGCUCGCUGGAGCAGAGCCAGAACCUUCUUAACUACCCGGCCAGUGUUUAUGAUAACAUGAAGGCUGGUAUGCCAGGACAGUAAGCGCGGAGUGAAGCAGGG